UUAAAUUUGACAAGUAAAUCAUAGUGAUUUGUGACAACCAUCCUGAAUUUUCGUCAGUAAAAAUGAAAUUGACUUCAUAUCUAACAUAUGGCAUUAUUUUAAUUGUAUUUACUAAUGCGCAAUAUAUAUUGUAUGAGGUAACAGCAUUUAACCCCCAUGAAAGGGAAGUUCUGUAUUAUCUACAUAUAAAAAAAACUGCCAUCGUAUUCAUGAACGGUGUAUCGAAUGAAGCCGCUAUACCCAUGGAUGUUAUAGUCAGACAGGAUUUAUCUAAGAUGUUUGAAUACAAACUAAGAAUGUUUGACAUACAGUUUAUAUGUGUAACAUAUAUAACAAAAGAACAGUUGGCCUUUACUGGAACAACAGAAUUAGAAACUAAUAUUACAAAUGCUUUCUAUGAUUGGACGGGUAUCCAAAGCUGGGUCGAUGCUUAUAAUGACAGAAACUUUGAUAAAGACGAUAUAACAUUUGAUAAAAUCGUUAUAGGGAAAACAUAUGAAAGCCGGGACAUAUUUAUACUGAAGAUAAGUAAAGGGCCAAAGAGACCUAUUGCUUUUAUAGUGGGCGGAGAGGACGGCAAAGAUUGGUUAUCAUCGGCUAUUAUUCUGAAUGUUAUGCAUGAACUAUUAGACAGCACAAGUGAUUUAAGUGAUCUACUUGAUUUAUAUGAUUUUUAUCUUCUGCCCGUAUUAAAUCCAGAUGGAUUUGUUUACAGUCGAGAAAAGAAUAGGUUGUGGUCUAAAAAUAGACAAAUUAAGCAACAAAAAUUUUGCAAUGGAUCGGUUGCCAUAGGUGUUAAUAUUGAUAGAAAUUGGUUCUUACAAAAAACUACAAAGAUGUUUGAUGAAGAAUGUCACUCAGUAUAUAUGGGGCAUAAAUCCUUGUCGGAGGAAGAAACUCAGACAUUAUCAUAUGUUCUCAAUAGUGUUGCACUUAAAAUGCUAGCAUUUAUUGAUCUAAGAGGUUUUGGAAGAUAUAUAACGCUUCCAUAUGCGAAACAUACAAAAAAGGCUAAUAACCAUGAUAUUAUUAUGGAAAUAAUGAAAUUGGCUAGUACUAGAGUCUAUGAAAAGCACAAUGGUACCCUUUAUUGUGAUACAACCGGGAGUUACUUUUAUAACUUUUCUGGUAAUAUGGCAGACUGGGUAAAGAGGUCAUUGAACACCCCAUUGGUUUUUACAAUGUACUUAGAAGAUAUCACUACCAUUCUACCUAUGCCCUACCAGAUUUUACCACUUAGCAAAGAAUUCUAUACCAUUUUAUAUGAAUCGCUCACCAUUUCAAAACAAAUGUAUGGACCGCUCUUCAAUGGCAUUGAUUCAGAGUUAUUCAGACAUCAUCAAGUACAGAAUCUUUCUUUAAUUUUUUUACAAAUAUGUGUUUUACUAAAUUUCAGUCAAUAUUAAAUGAAAUAUUAUUAGAUUUGUAACAACUUUAGACUACUUUUAAAUAGGAAUUGAUAAUGCACUAACCUGGUUAGGGGGCAUAUGUCCAAUUUGAUGUUGCAUAUAACCAUGAGGAGGGCCUU